UGUGGACGUCAGCAGUUCUUUCUUGUCGUACAAAUACUCUGUCAUGGCUGGCACCCCAGAGAAAAUUCUGGAAUAUUUGCUGGAAACUCGGCUAGAUUCGAAAGAGCAUCACGAGACGACAGCAGAAGAUAGUCUGCUGGAGGAUUUUCUGCUGACUCACUCAGUUUUCUUCCCAGACGACAAACUGUGUCAGGCUAUACUGGGGCAUUAUCACUCCAGUAGCGGCGGUGGUGCGGAGCAGGAGGAAGGGGAGUUCAUCAUGUCGCAGAAGAAAUGUGUCAUCCAUUUUGUGCAGGCCUGGAGGGACAUGGAGCCCGACAAGUUCUUCAGCUCGCCCGUCAUUGGUCACCUUCUAGAGGUCAGUUGUGUCCUGCCAUUUGAUUGGUCGAGAAUGUUUGAUGCACCUAGAUGUGAGUUAAAAGCAGCGAUUUGAUUGGUCGAGAAUGUU